AUGGACGGGGAGCAGCAGCUCAAACUUUUGGAGAAACACAUCGCCGCCGCUGUCUACAGCAACAUGAUCAGCCGGACGCAUGCCGAGAUUCGCGGCUACCGUAACCCGGCGACGGGGAGAUUCGAUAAAUACACCGUUUCCGAUCACUCGCUGAAUGGAACCUACAUUAAUGAUAUGAGGAUCUCCGGUACCGACCAUCCCCUAGCCGUCGGCGACGUCAUCAAGUUCGGCCACCUAAAUGGUGCUGCCGUCCGCCCCGGCUUCAGUGCACCACAGGCCAACGCCGAGUUUGCCUUCCUCGUCGAGCACGCCACCGAGAAGCAGUAUAUGGGGGUGGACGCACAGGGGAGGAGGACGACAAUUCUCGGCAUCCGGGCUCACGAUCCGACCAUGAUGGAGUUGGGGCCGAAUGGGGUUCCGCCGAACGGUACAGCCCUCUUCCAGCAGCUCUUCCAGCAACAGGCUCUCCACCCUACCGUACUCCAGCAGACCGGCCAUCCCGCGGCGAAUGCUCCGACCCCCGGCGCGACGAGCAGCACCCCAACAGCAAUUGCCGAGGCGGCCGCCGUCAAGUCGGCCGUCGGCUCGCCGCCGAUGGAAUGUGACAGCAGCGUGCCGUCACCACCAAAACCCACGACGAGACCCGCGGCGGCGCUCAGCCCGAAGAACUCCGACAGGGGCAGUGAGAAGAGCUGGACCAUGGUCGACUCGCCGCCCAUGCCGAGAGCUCCCGCCCCCUCCCAUGCCAAUCGUGAACUCAGCCGAACGCCUCCGCCAAAGCCGGACACACCUGAAGAUCUCGGCCGUCUCCUACACGACCUCGAGGGCUCUUUCAUGACCUCAGCAAGAGGGUCAGACCUUCGUGAGCAGCGGAAGAGCAUCGACGGCCUCAGGAAGGACUCCGAAGAGCCGCGGGAGGAGAAGCCGCGCAAAAAAGAGCCUUCACAGGCAAAGGAUGAGAGGCCGAAGGAGAAGGAGAAAAAGAAGGAAAAGCCGGCUAGGGUGGGUGCGUCGACCAGCUCGGCACCGCCGGAGAAACCGGCGCCUCCACCGGCCGCGCCGGCGCUAAAACCGACCGCCAGCAAGUUGCGUCAACUCUCCGACGUCUCCUCCGUGUCGUCGAGCGAUUCUGAAGAUGAUGUGAAGCGGAAAAAGGCGAAAAAGAAGAGCCCAAUCCCGAAAAAAGAGGCCAAAAAACGUCAACCCUCGCCGCCGUCAGCAAGUUCGGACUCGGAAACGGAUUCGUUGUCCUCACUUGACGAGACUAUCGCCAAAGCGAAGAUGGCCGUCAGCCAGCCCCCUCCCCGAAAAGCCGCCUAUCCGCCGCCGAAGAAGACCCAACCACCGCCGAAAAAACGGGGGCGAAAGCCAACGAAAAGCCGUGGCGACUCGUCGGAGGCGCCCUCCGAUUCGGAUGACGCCGACGAGCCAAUGUUCCCGCCAAAGGACCCGUCGGUGACCUACCACGACCCGGUGGCCGCCUGCGGCAUGGACAAGGAAUGCAACAGGCCGCAGACCUUGGAAGUGAACUGGGUUUGCUGCGACGACUGUGACAAGUGGUACCACGCAAUUUGCAUCCUGGGAAAGGAGGAUAUCACCGGCCUCGGCGACUUUACCUGCGGCUGCAAAGAAGCAAAAACAAAGCCGAAAAAGAAGAAGAUGAGA